AAUUCCAUUCAUUCUCCUACUUAAAGGCCUUAGCAUAUGACCCUUAAAUUCUCCGAUCCCAAACCAGAGGAAGAAAAGAAUCACUGAAAUGGCCAUGGAGAUCAAGGUAUUGCUUCUAUUAAUCAUCUCCUUCACAUCGAUCGUCUCCACCUCUUUAGCGAGGAGCAGCAUCGCCUGGUGGUGCCAUAAGACACCGUACCCAGAGUUGUGUGAAUAUUACAUGCGGCAUCACCACCCCCACCACCACCGCUUUGCACCAAAACACCUUCCUGAGUUCCGCAACAUAAUGAUCCAGAUAGCCAUUAAUCGAGCCCUCGUUGUGCGUAAGCAAGUUGCGGACUUCGGGGUUAAUUGCCAAACCUGGAAUCAGAAGGCUGCGUGGUCUGAUUGUCUCAAGCUCUAUGAUAACACCAUUCUUCAGCUGAACCAAACCUUGGAAGAGCUUGUUGAGGGAAAAAAGUGUACUGAGUUUGAUGCGCAGACAUGGCUCAGCACUGCAUUAACCAAUCUACAAACAUGUCAAAGAGGGUCCAUGGAUAUGAACGUCUCUAAUUUCCUGGCGCCGAUCACGUCUGACAACUUAACGGACUUGAUUAGAAACAGUUUGGCCAUAAACGGGGCUUUCUUGCAUCACAAGAAUUACACGCCCGAAGCAUCCCCUAGUUGGCUUACGGAACAAGAUAAGCGGUUUUUACUUUCCACAUCGGUUAAGGGUAGUGCAAAUCUUGUUGUGGCAAAAGAUGGCUCCGGUCAUUAUGGAACGGUGCAAGCUGCCUUGGAUGCGGCAGCAAGGAGGAGCUCGACCGGACGUUUUAUUAUCUAUGUGAAGAGAGGUGUUUAUAGGGAGAACAUUGAAGUCGCUAAUAACAAUAAUGAUAUUAUGCUUGUUGGUGAUGGUAUGAGGCAUACUAUAAUCACGGGUAGCAGGAGCAUCAAAACCGGUUAUACAACCUACAGUUCUGCUACUGCUGGCAUCGAUGGCCUUGGCUUUAUGGCACGGGACAUAACAUUCAGCAACGUGGCCGGUCCAGCAAAUGGCCAAGCCGUGGCUCUCCGUUCAGCCUCUGAUCUCUCUGUCUUCUAUCGAUGCGCCAUCCAGGGAUACCAAGACACCUUAUUUGUUCUCUCCCAGCGUCAAUUUUACCGAGAAUGUUACAUUUAUGGCACGGUAGACUUCAUAUUUGGCAAUGCAGCCGUUGUCUUCCAAAAAUGCAUGAUCUUCGCAAGAAGACCGAUAACGGGACAGGCCAACAUGAUCACGGCACAGGGCCGCGAUGACCCUUACCAGAACACCGGUAUAACCUUCCACAAUUGCCAAAUUCUACCAGACCACUCCCUCACACCGGUUGUUAGCUCAGUCAAUACAUACUUAGGGAGGCCAUGGCAGCAAUACGCUCGGACGGUCAUCCUCAAGACAAAUAUCAGCAACAUGGUUAAUCCGGCAGGUUGGUCGCAGUGGGGCAACUCUAAUUUUGCUCUAGACACACUAUAUUACGGUGAGUAUGGAAACUACGGACCUGGUGCUUCCACCAAACGGAGGGUCAGGUGGGAAGGUUUUCAUGUUAUAACUAACCCGAGCGAGGCAUCUGCUUUUACCGUUACUAAUCUUAUCGCCGGCCAGUCUUGGUUGCCAGCGACAGGCGUGCCAUUCACGGCCGGCCUCUGAAGCACGCAUAUAUUAUGGUUUAUGAAAGGAACAUUAUUAUUUGUUCUCAUUUUAAUUGAUUAUAUUUCAUUGUUACCAAUUUUUUGUACAUUCGUUUUAAGUAUAUGUACAUUCUUAUACAUAAUUAUAGACUAAUAUUUCCAUUACACUUUCCUCAUGGUUACCAGACACUGGGGACUGGGAGUACCAUUCACUUCUGACCCUUGAAUUCCUCAUGGUU